UAAAUUCCUCAUCUAUGCCUGUCUGCUGCUGUUCUCUGUGCUACUGGCCCUUCGUUUGGAUGGCAUCAUUCAGUGGAGCUACUGGGCUGUCUUUGCUCCAAUAUGGUUGUGGAAGUUAAUGGUCAUUGUUGGUGCAUCAGUUGGAACUGGAGUUUGGGCACGAAAUCCCCAGUAUCGAGCAGAAGGAGAAACAUGUGUGGAGUUUAAAGCCAUGUUAAUUGCUGUGGGCAUCCAUUUGCUCCUGCUGAUGUUUGAAGUUCUGGUCUGUGACAGGAUUGAGAGAGGAAGCCAUUUCUGGCUUCUGGUCUUCAUGCCAUUGUUCUUUGUUUCCCCAGUGUCUGUUGCAGCAUGUGUCUGGGGCUUUCGGCAUGACAGGUCACUAGAGCUAGAAAUCCUGUGUUCUGUCAACAUUCUUCAGUUUAUAUUCAUUGCCUUAAGACUGGACAAGAUUAUCCACUGGCCCUGGCUUGUUGUGUGUGUCCCUCUGUGGAUUCUCAUGUCCUUCUUGUGCCUGGUGGUCCUCUAUUACAUCGUUUGGUCUGUUCUGUUCCUACGCUCUAUGGACGUGAUUGCAGAACAACGCAGAACACAUAUAACCAUGGCACUGAGCUGGAUGACCAUUGUCGUGCCUCUACUUACUUUUGAGAUCCUGCUGGUUCACAAACUGGAUGGCCACAAUGCUUUCUCCUGUAUUCCAAUAUUUGUUCCCUUGUGGCUCUCAUUGAUCACACUGAUGGCAACAACAUUUGGACAGAAAGGAGGAAACCACUGGUGGUUUGGUAUUCGCAAAGACUUCUGCCAGUUUCUGCUUGAAAUAUUCCCAUUUUUGAGAGAGUAUGGAAACAUUUCAUAUGAUCUCCACCAUGAAGAUAGUGAGGAAACAGAAGAAACCCCAGUUCCAGAACCUCCUAAAAUUGCACCUAUGUUUCGCAAGAAGGCCAGGGUGGUCAUCACCCAGAGCCCUGGCAAGUAUGUCCUUCCUCCACCCAAACUAAAUAUUGAAAUGCCAGACUAAAGCACACCACCAGGGCAAGAGUGUGUGUGCGGUGAGACACACACUCCUACUUCCCUUGCCCCUGACCUAGACCUGGAACCUCGGACCUCCAUCUGAAGCCUCGUUUGCAUCCAGUGUCAACCAGCCACUCAUAACAACAUAGGUGGCAGGGACUAAGGGUAUCUAUCAAUGUGGAUGCCAGGGACACAUGAGCAAAGAACCUGUUUCUUUCUGUAUGGGUACCUGAAAUGUGUUCUUAUUCCUGUGGUACGAACCCAGGGAUGACUGCUGCCUAGGCCCACAGAAAGCACAUCUGUGGUCUGGGCAGAUUUUUCUAGUGCUAAAAUUCCUAUCCAAGUAUUGAAUGCUGUGGUUCUUAUGGGAGCACUUCCAGCUGUGGCUCAGCUGUGCUGCUUAUAGGUAUCCAGUGGGGACUAUAAGUAGGUCUGUACACACCUGUUGUUCAGAUACAGCCCAGCCUUGCUUUCCUUGUCCCUGCUGUACAGAAAUUUAGCUUUAGACAGGAUGACAGCAGGUUUGCAGGGCCUCAUCAGUGAGCCCUUCCCAAAGGCAUGAUUCCAUGCCUGUAUAGUAUUUAUACAGCUAUUUUAGCACUGUAAUAUAGUGUCAAAUCCUAGUUCUGUACAGCAUAUUCUCUGUUAAAAGUAUUUUUUUACAAGCUUGUGCUGGAGAUGGAUGGGUUAAGCCAUGAGAGAAGCAGAUAGAGCCCCACCUUCACUUACCAUGACCACGGACAGUCUGGGAUUCCUGCUGUGUCUCAGACAGUUGCCCCACCUUCACUCACCAUUACCACGGACAGUCUGGGAUUCCUGCUGUGUCUCAGACAGUUGCCCCACCUUCACUUACCAUGACCACGGACAGUCUGGGAUUCCUGCCAGUGUGGCUACUACAAGUGAGGAGAGCUCUGUGCUUUUCCAGUAUGCGGUGUGGGAGAAGUGGCUUAAAAGCCCAAGAAAUGCCCCUUGAGACCAGGACACUAGAGAAGGUUACCAAGGCAGGCCAGAAAUAGCCAGGGACUCCUGCAAAGUCCAGAGCAUUCUGCCUACCUGCAAGAAGAACACUCCAUAUUGGGCAUGCAGGUACUGUCACCUGUCAGCAGUUUCUCCAGGCUCUGUGCUGGUAUAGCCAGCUCAGAACCCAUCCUACCAGAAAAUAACCUUCAGUCUAAAUCAAAUGAUUCAUUUCCCAAUGGAAGUAAAGAGAGCUUUGAUCUUCCUGAUCAGGAGGUGCAAUGUGUUUUCACGGUCAUCUUAUCGUGGCUUCAGCCAUACAUAAUUGAAGUCUACUAUGACCCUAAUCCUACCAUUGGCACAGGCCUUCAGUGAGCCUGUUCUGUUUCAGGAGAAAGGGGAAACAGUGUAGCAUUUUUUGUUAGGUCUCUUAAAAAUGUGGUUCAAUCCACUAUUUUUUGCUCCUGUAGUUCAAUAAACUGGUUUGUUUAACAUG